CAACUAUUUCUACUACUACAGCUGCUGAUACUUCUGCCACUACAAAUACAUUUACACAGCGAAGAUGCAGCUUUAAAACGUUGAAAUUAAACGGCCAGAAAUCCGGAUCUUUACCGCAGAUUGAUCGGAUUAAAGUAAUUGUGAACGAUUUAACGGAUUUUACGCACAUCAACGCAGGAGACGACACUUUCCUAGACCGAGCCUACCCUCCUGCACUAGAGCGCUCGACAUCUGUGAAUGAAUGAUAUCAGAGUGCCUCACCUGUUCACCGCCCACUCCCUGCCCUCCUGCUCUGAACGAUGCAAAUGCAGGACGUUGGACUGAUCUGAGGUGAAGCAGUGAAGACAGUGAGCCAGGCGCUGUGAAAGGCCAGGAGUCAAAGGUCAGGAGUCAGAUUGUUGGAUGGCCACAGGAGUGAACUACUGGAGCGCGUAUGAACCCACUUAUAAGGUGAGAGAGAGCGUUUGGGGUGGGGCAGAGCUUGACUCCAGCAGUGAAGAAGGCGGGGGAGGGGUCACAUGGGUCACACCCACCAUGGAGGUCAGAGGUCAGCUCAUCACAGCCACAGAUACAGGCCCCGACAGGAAGCAGAAAAAUGCUCAGCGAUUGGUUGAGCUGCAGGAGAGGAGGCGGGGCUUACAGACUAUGCUCAGCACAAGAUUGGCAGAGCUCAGGCGUGUCUGUCUCCAGGAAGCAGAGCUCACUGGUUUAAUUCCUGAAGAUUUUCCGUUGGAGGAGGGCGAGAAGCCUCCUUCCGUCCGACGAAGAGGAGGCUCUAGACUCAACAGGAGGAACAGGACUGAGCUGGAAGAGAAAAAAAAGAAGACUUUGUUUAGUUCAGUCCGAAAACACAGUGAACCUGAACACAUCCCACAUCUACAGAGCCAGAGAUCCAAGAGGACUGUCCACCGAGGCUGUCAUACAGAUGAGUCAGUGAGGUCCGAGAGCAGCUCCACAUCUGACUCUACGGGACAUGACAAUGAUGAGAGUGUGUCCCACUGUCGCCCUCCUAUGGUCACUGCUGGUUCUUCUCCAGUUGAAGUUUUCUCCCAAAAUAAAACCAGAAACAACUCAGUCCACAGCAGAUCAGACUCUCAGGACGUGCCCCAGAAACACUCCCCUCCUCACCCCCCUCCGCCGCCGCCUCGAUCCCUAGACGGCUCCACCUCCUCUGGGCAGACAGAGCCGGAACAGCUGGGCAGGACUGGAGGUAGCUCUACGAGUAAUGGAGGCCGAGCUAAUGGCGCUAACAGGUCUGUGGCUAACGGGCCGGUUGGGGGUGCUAACUUGUCUCGGCGAAGUAACUGCUCAGAUGGACUGUUGGACAGAGGGGCUUCCACAGAGGCAGAUGGGCACUGGGUCAAUGGUUUGACAUCUUCAAAGGGUGGAGCCAUGAGGAGUUCGGAGACUGAUACUAGGACUCUCAAGACCACAAACGGAUCAGAACCAAGCACCAGGACUGAACCAGGACAUAGGCCAGACCUAGGACCCAGACCAGACCCAGGACAGAGAGGCAGAGCUCCCUAUAGCGACCUGCUUCUGGAUUAUGUCUGGACCAAGCAACAGCAGAUGCUCCAGAGGCAGCAAUCACAUGGGAGCCGUCAGCCAAUCACAGCUCUGUAUCCAAACCAACAAUCAGUUCUUGCCCCGCCCACUUAUCGCGGCCUGCACAGUGAACGUCAGAGAAUAAAAGUCACCCGGACUAAAUCGUGUGGGCCCUUCCUUCCUGUGCAGCCUCCGGGAGCAGAGAACUUUGACUCCCAGCAUGGACCUCUGCAGCCAGACCCCCACCCACACCUGCUGCCCCCCCGGCCCACCCAGGCUGCUCUAACCCAGGAUCAGCACAACGAAGAGGCAACAAGGAAUCUGCAUAAGGCUCUUGCUCUGGAAGGUCUGCGGGAUUGGUAUCUUCGAAACACUCUAGGCUCAUCCCAUCCAAAUCCAACCAAUGGGAAUGCAGCUCCAAAGACUAAUGGCGUUAAAGGAAGGAGACGGACCACACACAGUGUCAUCCACCGCUCAAACUACCAAGACCAUUCUAAUUACCAGGACUCCAACUCACACAAUGUAACAAUGCACCAUUCUAACUACCAGGACCAUUCAAACUAUCUGGAAUCAAAUUCCCACAAUGCCCCUCUGUCCAACUUUAAGGACAUUAAUCACAAUGGGACAAUUAAAAAGUCUGGACUGCCUCAUUCAGCUACUUUCCAUGGACUCUCGCUACACAGCAGGGCAGUGGAUGCUCCACUCUACAAUGAUGCAUUCCCUAUUCACAAACAGGAAGCGCCAAUCAGACAGGUGUCAUGUGACCAGCCCACUCCAGGAACUCUGGUCUGAAAUCACCAAUCGGAGCACAGCAAGUGUGUACCAACUAAUAAUGAGAUGAGAAUGAAAGACUUAUAUUGAAGCGACAAAUCAAGAUCUAAAUGUAUGAACCUAGUACAUCCCAGGCUGGUUUCCUGGGAGUUUUAACUCACUGGGUGUAAUAAAUCAAAGACAUCUUAUAAAAGUACAAUUAUGACAAAACAAGUUAUUUAUAUUGUAAUUUCCUUAACUGGACUGUGCUCGGACAAUCAGGGUGAAAUCAAAAGUAUUUCAGAAGUAUUUAUAUCUGCGAUGACAUCACCAGCUGACAACACCAGCUCAGUAGCCAACCAGCAGUCUCCAAACGGUCAGGUGACUCUCGCUCCUCAGGUGUGCCCUCACUUAAAUGAAAACGUGAGGAUGAUUUCAAACAUUUUUCUCUUUGGACUCGACGCUGCUGCACAGAAUCCUAAGCUCUGCCUGUAUCAUAUUUUGUAUGAAAUUUGCAUAAUUUUUUUAAAAGAAAAUUUUGAAUCCAAAAGUUUUUAUUUCAUGUUUUUGGAUGUGGCUGUUAUAAAUUAGCUUUAAUGUGUUAGCACUGUUAGCAUUUGUAUUGAACACUAUCAUGUGAUGCUGAAUUUAAAAUGCACUAAGUAGGUGUCUUAAGAAAAAUAGACUUUAGAGGCUGGUUUUUAAAAUAUGUAAGCCACUUUAUGCUGGAACAAUCUGAUAUUAGAUAAUCAAGUGAGCUCAUGAAAUGUGACAUAGCCAUGCAUUCCAUUGAACCAAGUCUUGCUGGUCCAAUGUGAAUCAAUCAAGUCUCUAAUUGGUUGUAUUGUAGAAUUUGAGUUACUCAGUGAGUACCUUCCACCAAGUCAAGUCUUGGUGGAAAAGGCAAGAACCAAGACCCUCCUAGGACUGAAACCAAGACUUAAUUUAUGCAUGAUUUGUAAUGCAAACAAAAAAUGCUCCAUGGGAUCAAUGGGAUCAUCAGAAGUGGAUCGGUCACCACAGGACCAUAACCAGCCUCUGAAGUUAAACUGUCAAAAGAAAAACAUUUGUUUGCUAAAUGCUAACUUGUGGUUAGCUUGUAUAAUUUUGCUAACAGUCUGUUGGUCUGAGAGCAAUAAUAAAACCAGGAUUAUUCUGCCGCAGCGACAAUCGACCAAUCGAUUAAAGAUAAUUUUUUCUGGAUUUUAUAUAACCUUUUAACAGGAGCCAAACACAGACUAAUGUGUCCGUUGUAAGAAAUGACUGUAUGUAUGUAAAAUAGGGAUUUUUUUAUUUUUUAUUUUGAGUUAUGAAUUUUACAGUUUCUGUUCUGUCCGUAUCAGGUAAUAUCAGGUUUAUCAAACAAACCAGGCCUCCAUAUUGCACUAAUAUCAAUAGUUAAUCUGCUCCUCUGAAAUGGCCAAACGCAUAUAAGACUACUUUGUGAAAAUUAUACUUAUAUAUUACAGCUGCCAUGAGGCAGACAGAUGAAGAUGUGGCUGCCACCUCUAUCAUUCAUCAGAUGCAUGUCAUCAUUGCUUUAAGAUGAUAGUUUAAGAAUUUGAAUUAGCCAAAUAGACAACAAAUACAGAAUACACAUUAUUUUAGACUAUGUCUUCUCUCACUGAAUUUAAGUAAUAGGAGCUUCAGCUGAGCAGACCUCAGAGUUCCACUCUCUCCGACCAAAGCAGAACUCACAUCAGAAUCACAACAGUCAAAUAUUUGUUAAAAAAUGUUAUUGUAAAUAUAUAUUGCUGCUGUGGUACAUGCUGGGCCACUGUACAAUUUAAACUCUUGUACAUAAACACUUUUUUUUUUUUUAGCUUUUUGGACUGUUGAGCUGUUUGUACUUUUUCACUCUGUGGAUUUUGGAUUUCAGAUUUGGUUUUGUAAAUACAAAAGUGAACAGACUGGUUUACACAGUGUUUUAAAAUAAAAAUGGUCAGUAUUUACACCACACUGA